UCACACUCUGCAGAUCACAGUACACUGUAUAUCACAUAUCAGUUUGGUAAACCCUCUUUCCUAGCUGCAUUCUGUCAAAUACACCAUGAUGUUGCUCAUUUCAAUCUUACUGUUUUCAGCACUUGUUGGUGAUACUUUAGAGGAUGAUAUUACUCCAACCAGCCCUGAGGAGUAUUAUUUAGACGGUAGCAGAGUUAAGAUCUCCUGUAACUAUACAGUAAAAUCAGAUAGUCUGCUGUGGUACAAACAGUACCCUGGAUCAGGUCUCCAAUUCCUUUAUAUAGUAACAACUACCAAUAUUCCAUAUGAAGUGAGAGGUGAUCCACAAGACUUUCGACUGACUGUUACACAGAACAAGGAGAGAACCCGUGUGGAUCUGGAGAUCUCUUCUGCUGAAGUGACAGACUCUGCUCUGUACUACUGUGCUCUGAGGCCCACAGUGACAGGAAACCCAGAAACACUGCACAAAAACCUAACAUCACCUGAGAGACACCCUGGAUCCUCUCCACAGUUCCUCAUACUGGACUACUCUGGGGUCAGAACCAACACUAAUAGUAAAAAAUGGACCCUCAUACAUGAAAAAGAGAAUAACCGUGUGGUUCUGAAGAUCUCCUCUGCUGAAAUGACAGACUCUGCUCUGUACUACUGUUCCCUGGAGCCCACACUGACAGAAAUCCAGAAACACAAUACUGAUCCUGACAAUACAAACACAGACAACCUGAAUCUGAGACCCCUAGAAACCCAAGAACAUGAGUCUGAAUAG